AUGGAUUUUGCAGUUGGGUUGCCGAAUACUUUCAAGAAACAUGACUCAGUCUUGGUAAUUGUGGAUAGACUCGCAAUAUCCCCUCAUUUUAUACCGGUUCGGGUUACUCAUACCGCAGAUCAGUUAGCGAAUAUUUACCUUCGUGAGAUAGUUCGACUUCAUGGUGUGCCUAUUUCUAUGAUAUCUGAUCAAGGUGCACAAUUUAUUACUGAGUUUUGGAAGUCUUUUCAGAAGUCGUUGGGUUCACAGGUCGAGUUGAGUACAGCUUUUCAUCCACAAACUGAUGGACAGUGUCGUUCACUAGUUGGAUGGUUCGAACCGGGCGAAACACAACUACUAGGUCCAGAUUUGAUUCAGCAAGCCUUGGAAAAAGUUGCAUUGGUACGAGAACGGCUUCGGACAGCACAAAGCAGACAAAAGUCCUAUGCAGAUAAGAAAGUACGUGAUGUGGAGUUCAUGAAGGGUGGAAAGGUCUUUCUAAAAGUAUCCCCUAUGAAAGGAGUUAUGAGAUUCGGUCGGAAAGGUAAGUUGAGUCCUAGGUACAUUGGUCCUUAUGAGAUUUCGGUUCGAAUUGGGUUGGUGGCAUAUAGAUUUUCUUUACCUCCGAGAUUGUCUGUUGUUCAUCAUGUAUUUCACGUGUCUAUGCUAAGACGAUACGUUGGUGAUGAUAGCCAUAAGAUUCAGCCAGAGGGUGUGGAGCUCGAUGAGAAUUUGACUUAUGAGGAGGGUCCAAUAUCUAUUCUUGAUAGCUGUGAGCUUAGGGCACUGUGUAUGCUUCCCUUAGCAGCGUGUAUGCUUUUUGAUGAUAUUGGGGCAUUGUGUCCUUAG